AUGCAUAAACCACAGCGGAACGAGCGAGCGAUCGAUUAUUCGAAGACUGCUAGAACGAACAAAUUGCGCAUGCGCAGUCCAAAGAAAGCCGCAGAUCGUCGUCGAAAUGCUCUCACCUUAAUUUUGGUCCUACUUGGCAACGAAGAUCAAAUCAAAGGCAAUUCGUUUCAAGAGAAUCACCGGAAAAAGAGAAUCCAUCAACUCGAAAAGAAAAUGCGCAGCGGAAAGGCGAGCAUCAAUGAAGAAGACCCGUUCGAAAUGUUUGUCGCCGCCACGAACAUCCGUUACUGCUAUUAUUCAGAAACACACCGUAUCUUGGGCAAUACGUACGGUAUGUGCGUUCUGCAGGACUUCGAAGCGUUGACGCCUAAUCUUCUGGCCAGGACCGUCGAAACGGUGGAGGGCGGUGGCUUGGUCCUUAUUCUUUUACGCAGUGUAACCUCACUUCGUCAGCUGUUCACCAUGACCAUGGAUGUUCACAAAAGAUAUCGCACCGAAUCGCAUGAUCAGGUGAUUGGCAGGUUUAACGAGCGAUUUUUGCUUUCGUUAUCGACAUGCACGUCGUGUCUAGUAGUUGAUGAUCAUCUUAACAUUCUACCAGUUUCGUCACAUUCGUUUAAUCUGCAGCCGAUUCCGAUAAACGCGCGGGAAAAACCAACAAAAAACGAGGUUGAGCUGGCAAAUUUGGUCAAAUCUUUGGAAGAAACGCAACCAAUAGGUCAUCUCGUAAAAUUAUGUAAAACUUUGGAUCAGGCUAAGGCCGUUUUAAAGUUUCUGGAUGUAAUCACUGAAAAAACGCUGAAAUACACUGUCUCGCUGACCGCUGCUCGCGGACGCGGAAAAUCAGCGGCACUCGGCAUAGCAGUAAGCGGUGCCGUUGCCUUUGAGUACACGAACAUUUUCGUUACUUCUCCCAGUCCUGAGAAUUUGAAAACAUUUUUUGAAUUCGUCUGCAAGGGCUUCGAUGUUAUGGGAUAUCAGGAGCACCUGCAUUACGAACUUGUGCGGUCAACAAAUCCAGAGUUCAAGAAUGCUAUCAUUCGAUUGAAUGUGUUCCGUGACCAUCGACAGACGAUUCAGUACAUUCAUCCUAUGGACGCGGACAAGCUGGGACAAGCAGAAUUGGUAGUAAUCGAUGAAGCGGCGGCUAUACCGUUGCCGUACGUUAAGAAGCUACUUGGGUCCUAUCUGGUGUUUCUGGCAUCGACUGUCAAUGGCUACGAAGGCACCGGCCGUUCCUUGUCGUUGAAACUACUGCAGCAGCUCAGGAUGCAGACUGCGAAUGUCAAAGAAUCAGCAGCCGUUGGCGACAAACAACUUGAUAAACAAACUACCUCAGUCAGUGGACGCGUGUUGACUGAAAUCACGUUGACAGAAUCUAUUCGGUACAAGCCGGGUGAUGAAGUCGAGCAGUGGUUGAACAAACUGCUGUGUUUGGACGCCAGCACGAUACAGAGUUUUCGUGGCGGAUGCCCGGCCUCUGAAGCGUUCCUGCAACGACUGAUGGCCAUCUACGUUGCCGCCCAUUAUAAAAAUAGCCCCAAUGACCUUCAGAUGGUUUCGGAUGCACCCGCUCACCAUCUAUUCUGUCUGCUGGGACCGGUUACUGAAAAUCAGACACGUCUGCCUGAAAUCUUAUGCGUGAUCGAGGCGUGCAUGGAAGGAGAAAUCAUGAAGUCUAGUGUUGUUGAAAAUAUGGCCCGUUCAAAAAGGCCUGCCGGCGACUUAAUUCCCUGGACGGUAGCGCAACAGUUUCAAGACAGCGAAUUUCCCCAUUUAUCCGGUCUCCGAAUUGUGCGAAUAGCAACGCACCCGGAUUAUCAACGAAUGGGCUACGGAAGUCAGGCGUUGAAAUUACUCCAGUUGUACUACAGUGGCCAAAUACCUAGCCUUGGCGAAGACAUGGAACAAGAUUCCAAGGGAAUUGAGGAACCGGACGUCGAAGAAACUGUAGAUGGGAAAUCUAAUCUGCUGGAAGAGAAGAUCACGCCCAGGAAAAAUCUGCCGCCACUUCUUUUGAAGCUCAGCGAACGAAAAGCGGAACGGCUUGACUGGAUUGGUUCUUGUUUCGGCUUGACCAGUGAUCUGCUCAGGUAA